ACGACCACCUCUUGUUAGCGCUGCCACGUGACGUCUCUUAAAUGGCCGACCAAAAAACAUUACCGAAGUUCUGAACUGCUGUUUUAUUCUUGAAAUAAUGGUUAACUAAAAUUGAGAUAUCACUCGGACGUUGAGCAGAACUUCUUCUCAAAUAAAAUGCAUGUUUUUUGAUAUAUGUUUCUAUUCUUUUGAAGUUUUGUUUUCCCGUGGUUCGUGAUUUGUUGCACAGCAGCGGAUAUCGAAUAUUCCUUAGAUUUUUUUUUGUUUGUUUAUUGUAGCUGGAAUGGUAGCUAAAUAGAUAAUAUGUCAAUGUAUGUCCGUCCCUCUGGACAUAUGGUCAGAUAUUGAGUUGUUUUAUUCGAGAGGUAAAUUCAGGUGUGCCUCGGGAUAAGACAACGUAAUUGUCUCGCAGCAGUAUCGUUUGAGGCCAAGAUGAUCGAGGUGGUGGCUUCCAUGGCCCGAGGCCCCGUGUUUCUGGCCGGGGAGCUCAUGGAGUGUCUCAUAACUUUCACCAACCCGAUAUCCCACCUCUCCACCUCUGCCAGCAGUGAGAUGCUGGCAUGGGCCAGCGCCCAGAUUCACUGUCAGUUUCAUGCCAGCGAGAGCAGGGUGGCCCUCCCGUCCCAGGGCAAUAAACAGGAUGUCCAGGCUGAAAGCGACACAGUGCUAAUUCCAAGUAGAGGAGAGCGAGGGCAGUGUGUGCUGGACACACCACCUAAGAUACUAUUUUGUGACCUGCGCCUGGACCCUGGGGAGAGCAAAACCUAUUCAUACAGUGAGGUUGUACCCAUAGAUGGUCCUCCUAGUUUCCGUGGUCAGGCAGUGAAAUACGUCUACAAACUGACCAUUGGCUGCCAGAGAGUCAACUCUCCCAUCAAACUACUCCGAGUUCCCUUCAGAGUGCUGGUUCUGCAGGGCAUGCCAGAACCUCCAUUUCCCCAGGAUGAGGAGGUUUCUCCUUCUAACCCGUUCCUAGAGGAAGAGGAAGCGAGCCGCAGGGAUGCUCGGCCUUUGGAGAGAGCACUGGACAUGCUGAUGGUCACCACCUCAAGACGCUGCCCACACAUGUUCAAUAUCACCAAUAUGCGAGGGAAAGUGGCAAAGUUCUGCAUCUUCAAGACUGUUUACAGACUUGGGGAGGACAUCAUCGGCACAUUCAACUUCUCAGAGGGCGACAUCCCCUGCUUACAGUAUUCCGUGAGCCUCCAGAGUGAGGAGGAGAUCCAGCAGCAGUACCAGCGGCGUCCCGGCCAGGCCGUCAGUGUGACCGGACACGGGCGACACAUGGAGUCCUGCCUCCACACUGCCUCGAGCCACUUCUCCCUCCCCAUCCCGCUCAAUGUCACACCGGGUUUCAGCACAGACAUAGUAUCUCUUAGGUGGCGGCUGCACUUUGAAUUCGUCACCGCCCGGGAGCCUAUGGAACCACCCACCGUUCUGCAGAACCAAUCAGAGGUCACAGUUUGGGCCGGGGCAGAACUUGUCGAUGUGGAUACCUUCAGCUGGGAUCUGCCAAUCAAGGUCCUGCCUACCAACCCGGCCUUGGCAUCCUACGUGUCCCAGUUUACAGGGACCAACAGCAUUAAUAUUUGACUGUGAGACUAUGACCGAGAGAUGAUCAGGCAUUAAUAUUGUGUUUCUGGGGGUCUUGACAGAUGAUUGUGUGGUCCUGUCUGUGUGUCUGUGUGUGUGUCUGUGUGUGCGUGUGUGUGUGUGUGUGUGUGUGUGUGUGUGUGUGUGUGUGUGUGUGUGUGUGUGUGUGU